AUUAAACACAAUAAAAAACACAGUUGAACAGGUUAAAAGUACAACAUCGCCUCAAAUGACAACACUGAUAUUGUCAAAUAAAAAAAAAAAAGAUACUGUACGUGUUUACAUUACUACGGCUUUGGGUUUGCAACGUAGCCGGAAAUGCAUUGCUCCACCUCGUGUAUCUUCCUGAAUGCUCCACCGGAUGCUGUAGUGACCUGUGUCGCUGCUGUAUUGCGCUUUCAUGUUUACGGGCGGGAAGAGCGAACAUAGCAGAGUGUUGGAGCUGUUGCCUCCAAUUUGGUUCCACAUUACUUUUUUUUACGUUGAUUUUUGUUUUGGGUUGGCUGUUUUACCGAUUCUCGUGGGAUUAAGGGUAUCACCGGAUACAUUCAAUUAGACUGUUGUUGGAAAUUAGAGCGAUUAUUGCAAAGGUUGGGGCAGAUGGAGGACCCUUCUGCAGAUUCUGGUGGUGGCGGUGACGGUGGUGCAGCAACCGAGGGCCCCGCGGUGCAAGUGGCUGAUAUCCGAUGGCCGACAGGGGGUCUACCGCUUCGGCUGCUGGAGUGGAAGGUCAAACCCGGAUCUCUCAUUAAUGUGGACUCUGUGUUGGCGCUAUGCGUUCCCAUUGCACAGGGAAAGGGGGCAGAGAAUGCCAGGCUGCCAGAGAAGAGGGUGAAAUCGGAUCGGGCUGGAGUAGUGAAGGAGCUCUGCUGUCAACUUGGACAAGUCAUACCCCCAGGUGGGGUCAUUGUCAAAAUUGAAGAAUGCAGCCACCCGGUUGUAAUGAAGGGUUUGUGCGCUGAAUGUGGACAGGACUUGACUCAACUGCAGAGCUCCAAUAGGAACAAACACGCUCCUAUUUCCACAGCAACGGUCUCCAUGGUGCACAGUGUUCCGGAGCUGAUGGUCAGCUCAGAGCAAGCAGAACAACUAGGCAGGGAAGACCAACAUAGACUUCACCGGAACAAAAAGCUGGUCCUGAUGGUGGAUCUGGACCAAACACUGAUUCACACCACUGAACAGCACUGCCAGCGUAUGUCCAACAAGGGCAUUUUUCACUUCCAGCUCGGGCGAGGUGAACCUAUGCUCCACACACGACUUCGCCCACAUUGUAAGGCUUUCCUGGAGAAGAUCGCCAAACUCUUUGAGCUGCAUGUCUUCACAUUUGGGAGUCGCCUGUAUGCCCACACCAUAGCUGGCUUUCUCGAUCCUGAAAAGAAGCUCUUCUCACAUCGGAUUCUUUCUCGGGAUGAAUGCAUUGAUCCUUUCUCCAAGACGGGAAAUCUGAGGAAUCUUUUCCCUUGUGGCGAUUCAAUGGUCUGUAUAAUCGAUGACAGAGAAGACGUGUGGAAGUUUGCACCCAACCUCAUCACUGUGAAGAAAUACAUCUAUUUCCAAGGCACGGGGGACAUCAAUGCUCCCCCAGGGUCACGGGAAGCUCAGAUGACAAAAAAGGCUGGAGGUCCUUCAGUUCGGUCAGCAGAGAGCACAGAAACGGCAGGGACGACAGCCGGAGCGGAAGAGCAUAAUAACGGCCUCAGGAAAAAAGCAAAAGACAACAAUAUUUCUGGAAAGGAUGAGUCGUCAAUAUCCCUGUCUUCUCAGAAAGAACCAGCAAAUGAAUGGACUCAUGCCAGUAAGGGUGUAGAAGAGGAAUCAGGACAAAUCAAACAUUCAGUGAACGAGGCAUUACCUGAGGCUGGGUUAGGAGUAACUCAGGAGCCUGAUAGGACGGCAACGGAAGCCGCUAACAAAAAGCUGCAAGAGGAACAGGAAGUUACAAAUUCAUCAUCAGUCAGGCAGGACUCCAAUAACCUGGACUUUGAUCUUUCCAGUGACAGCGACAGUGAGUCGUUCACAGAAAAGCCUGCUUCUUCAGAGAGUGAUCAUGAAAACAUAUCCUGCAAAGAAAAGACACCCGGUUCAGAAGGCGAUAUCCAUCAGUCUGUUGAUGGGGAAGAGGCAAAAGUGGCGGACAUUAAAGAAAACAAUUCUGAUAUAACAGAAUCUUCCGACGUUCUUUUGCCCGAUCCAGAGCUGGGCAAUGGCUGCUCUGACAGGAGAGAGCCAGAAACGGAGUCCCAAAAUAGUGAGCUGUCUGGGGUCACUAUGGGUGAGGAGCUGCUGGACCAGAGUAUGGAAGAUGAUGAUGAUGAGGAGGACGAGUCAGACAUUGAUCAAGAUGAUCACCUGAUUUAUUUGGAGGAAGUGUUGGAAAGGAUCCACGCCGAGUACUUUGCUCGCUACGAGGCGUACCUGAGAAAAGAGGCUCCUGAAAUUCCAGACAUACGUAGGAUUGUCCCAGAGCUGAAAGGUAAAACACUGCAGGACACAAUGAUAGUCUUCAGUGGUCUCUACCCCACCAACUACCCCAUUGAAAGGACUCGAGAGUUCUAUCACACCAAAGCCCUGGGAGCCAAGAUCAGCAAGAAACUGGUUCUCAACUCCCAAGAUCCCAACUGUACAACACAUCUUAUUGCAGCUAGAGCUGGCACCGAGAAGGUUCGUCAGGCACAGGGCUGCAAGCACCUUCACGUUGUCAACCCUGAUUGGCUGUGGAGCUGUCUGGAACGCUGGGAGAGAGUGGAGGAGCAGCUCUACCCACUGAAGGAAGACUACUCCAACACACCAAGGAGCAACAGUCCAUCAGCUUUUCCGGACAAUCAGGGUUCCUUGCUCAAGACUGUUUUCCAACCACUUCCAAUUCACCAGAAACCUCAACCUCCUGCCCCAGAGGUUCGAACCUACGACCCUGUUACAGGGAAGCUUAUUCGCAGGGGCCCUCAGGUGUCUCGGCCGUCAUCCUACCUCCAGACAUCAGCAUCUCUGUUGCUGUCAGAUCACUCGGAUCAGUCAUGUCUCAGGGGAAAUUCAAACAGUCUGCAGGAAGACGCAGGAGAGAUCAACCAGGACAAUGAGCAGCCGGGACCGUCUCGUCGAAAACGACAGCCGAGCAUGUCAGAAACCAUGCCUCUAUACACACUUUGCAAGGAGGAUUUAGAGAGCAUGGACAAAGAGGUGGACGACAUCUUAGGUGAAGAGAGUGACAACGAGAGUGAGGGUCGAGGGAAGGAGAAGCCAGGUAAUGAGGAGGUUGAGGAUGAAGAGGAGGAGCAGCAGCAGCGGCAGCAUCAGCAUCGGACAGAAGCUGGAGAAACAGAAGACACUGUGCUUAUUCCUCAGGUGCAGAGCGUGGAGGAGACAUGUCUGACACUGUCAAGGGAGGCCAGUCAUCUGGGUGGUGUAUCAAGGGGCUGUAAACGUAAGCAUGAAGAGGCUAAAGAGGAGGAGGAGGAGAAAACCAUGCUCUCUGCAGACGAGUCGUCCAAAGACUCCAACGAAGAAGAGGAGGGCAGCAGCUCCGAGGCAGAUGAGAUGGCUGCUGCCCUGGAGGCAGAACUCAACGACUUCAUGUGACGUCUGAGGGACUGAGGCCCGGAAACAGAGACAAAAAUGAUUUCAAACCCCAGUUCCGGUACUUAAAAGUUUAUUUUUCUGCUUUGACUAUUGACUGGAAACCAUAAAAAUGAAUGUCCUGUACAGAAAGUCUUACUUGUUGGUUUGUAAAUAAAGGCUUAAUUUUUGUAGCAUUGAUACACAGUACACUGACCUUUUUGGUAUAAAAGCCUUUUAUUGUGACAUGAGCUGUCGGAGACGUCGGAUUGAUAAUUUUGAAUUUACCGUUUUCUACUUCAAGUUUUUAAAUUAAUAUUAAAAGAAGAAAAAAAAUGAAAGUGCAGUUAUGCUGGCCGUAUUUGCCAAAGAGUUUGGACUGAGAUGAGGAGACGUGCAGCUAAAUGUUUUACAUUUUUACUUUUCUUUGGGACAUUUGUUUUUUUGUUUUGUUUUGUUUGUUUUUUUUUUUAGGGUGAAAUAGUCAACCAGCAGAUGAUGACAUUUGAAUGUGUUUCCUCCAGUGGGUUCUUCCUCCACAUUUGUUGAAUUGAUGCUAAAGGAGCCUCUACUGUUGGUGAGGUGUCACUCAUUAGUUAAACUACUAAAGUUUUAAGUGUUCUACAUUUGUACUUGUUCACAAUUUCUAGUUCAAGUUCACAAGUUUAUCGUGAAAUACGUUUUAGACUUUUAUCCUCCGAAAACACACACACUGUUCACACUGUGUGUUUUAAACGGUAGCUAUGCACGUUCGAAUGAUUUAUGCCGGAGUUUAGCUCCCUCAGAUCAGAUGCAUCGUAAAAUCUAUGCUCAGUAUUUACAAGUUUCAUCUUGUUUCAUUCACUCUGUUGUUGUAGCAUUAAAAUAUAAGGAUGUAAUUUGUUGGUUUUUUUUUAAUUGAAAGACAUACAUUUGUUGAAAAUGUCAGAUAAAAAAAAUACCAAGUUUUUGCUCUGAUUUGGCUACAGACAACUAAACAGUCUUAUUCCACAAAAAGCAUCUAAAAUAAAUUAUUUUUUUGUCUUAGUGGUCUGACACGCAGGCUGGGGGCCCUAUGUUUAACCACAGUCCAGUCCAGUUAGUGGAGGUUAACUGCACUUAUCUUAUUUUCAUAAUAAGCUUCUCUGUCCGAUCCAUUGAAAAUGCAAACCUAAUGAUGUGUUCAUCCUGUGUCACAGCAACGUCUCCUCUUCUUACUGCUGUCGUCUGUUUGUGUUCGAAACCCAAAGCACUGACACUGUUUUUGUCUCAUUUGUUUUUCAUUUAGGUUUUAAAAGUUAGGUGUGUGUUUAACACGCUGUGUCAGGAGAUGAGGUGAGUGGUGUGUUUAAACGGCAUCAUUUAUCCUCAGUUGUCACUGACCAAACAUUUUCUUCGUGUUGACUCUCUUGUUCAUGUGUUUGUAUAUUUCUUAACUGGCCUGAAAGAACUACUUUGUUAAAUAAAGAUGUUUGUAAGAAACCAA